AGGCCAUCUCACGCCCCGAGUUUUCGCCGGACGCAGCUCGCCAUGGCCAGCAUCUUCGGCGCCUCUGCCAGGGGCGCCGCUCCCUGGAAGGUGGCAGACGCAUCCUGGGUGCGGCCUCUGCGCGCGGAGCGCGACAAGGAGCCGCGCCUGGAGCGCCCUCUUCGGCGGACAGAGGUGAAAUCGGAGACGCCUAGAGCGCCAAGUCCACCCGUGGUGGUCGUGAAGGUGACGUCUCCCAGGAAGCGAUGCGGCAAAGAGCUCUCGAAGGUGCAGCCUCCCCUGCCGCCGAAGGCGGAGUUGCGGGAGGAAGCGGCCUCCUUGGCCACCGAG